CCAGUAUUUGAGGUUUAGGUAAAAGUGCUUCUUCCGUGUUCGGUUCUGGGGUCUGUGUGGGUUGUUCCUCAUUUUCCUUCUUUUUCAUAGUCUGAUUUAACAUUUUUUGGCUAGAGUUAAGGAUGUUAAUCAUAUAAUGAUAUAUGCCGUAUGAUGGUGUUGUUACAGAGGAGGACGUUGCUUACUAGGCUACUAGGCUUGUUGUUAUUCUUCUAGCCUACUCCUAUUACCAGGCCUGCUUGCUACUACCAACCCUGCGGAGCAGCAGCAUUCCAGCUGUCCUCGUUGCACGGCCUACUCAAUCAGGUAGACACUAUCUUCUAUUAAACAACUACACAUUAAACACGACUUACCAGAUCAAGUGUGGCCUAUCACAUGCUCGAUCGUUACGACGGUAUUUAUCAUAAAGCUUUUUUGUUACCGACCAGGAUAUGAUUUGCAUCGAUUUUUAAAAUAAAAUAGACAAAUUUUACUAUUAUUACUUAGUGCCAAUGAUAGAGUCAGGGCCAAGCAACAACGACGAAGGAGGGUGCACUUAAGUGGCGGUGAACGACAUGUUCUGAUUGUACAUCAUUGGAUUUGAAAUAUGGUAUGGUUUUAUUUGUAAAUGAAUUUGGUAGUUGGCCCUGCUGGCUUGCAAUCUUUGGGUGAGUGUAUCCAGCUCAACAAAAAGAAAGACUGUUAUCCUGCAUUGUAUAUAAUAGGCCUAUGCACAACACGUUUUAGAAAAUUAUGGUCGAGACCUAUAAUAUUUCUGAAAACUGACAUUUAUAAAUUUUAACCAAAGAAAUUAACAUUAGUGGUAAGCCCACCCCUACGAUUUCUUCAGUAUCAAUGAUGGAAUACAUUUGGCCUGUACUAUGUUUACUACUUUGGACUUGCAUUUGUGAAUCAGUUUUGUUUGUGAAUGAGUACGCAGUUCAUAUUGAUGGAGGUCUUGAGACGGCAAAUUCUGUUGCUGCAAAAUAUGGCUUCAUCAAUCUUGGAGAGAUUAUUGAAAAUCACUUUCAUUUCGUAGACAGUCGGCCGCGGGAACGCCGUUCACUACAUAAAAGUAAUGAUUAUCAUGUACAAAAAUUAACACAAGAUUCACAGGUGAAGUGGAUAGCUCAACAAGAAAUACUAGUUCGUAAGAAACGGGGUUAUGAAACCGAACCAGGGUUCAAUGACCCCAAGUGGCCUAAGCUCUGGUACUUGCAUCGAGCAAGUGGUCUUGACAUGAAUGUCCUACAGGCCUGGAGUAGAGGCUAUACCGGAGACGGUGUAGUGGUGACCAUUUUAGACGAUGGUAUUGAACGAAUGCAUCCUGAUCUUUCCAUGAACUAUGAUCAAGUAGCAAGCUAUGAUGUAAAUGGUGAGGAUUCGGAUCCAACCCCUAGGUACAAUCCGUCCAAUGAGAACAGGCAUGGAACACGCUGUGCCGGGGAAGUAGCAGCCAUUGCAAAUAAUGGUAUAUGCAGUGUAGGGGUCGCAUACAAUGCUGGUAUAGGAGGUGUCCGUAUGUUGGAUGGUCAGGUUACGGAUGUUGUGGAGGCCCGAUCUCUGAGCCAUGCCCCUCAACAUGUCGACAUCUACAGCUCAAGUUGGGGGCCAGAUGAUGAUGGGAAGACUGUUGAUGGUCCAGGCCCACUUGCAAAGAAGGCAUUUAAAGAUGGCAUACAGAAAGGAAGAAAUGGCCUCGGCUCCAUCUUUGUGUGGGCAUCAGGCAAUGGUGGUCGAUCACAUGAUAGCUGCAGCUGCGAUGGCUAUACGAACACUGUUUACACACUGUCAAUUAGUAGUGUAUCAGAAAAAGGGACAGUGCCAUGGUACUCGGAAAAAUGUGCUUCGACUCUCGCCACAACAUACAGUAGUGGUAGCGGAGCAGAAAAAGAAGUGAUUACAACAGAUCUGAAUAAAAAAUGCACAGAGCAGCACAGUGGAACAUCGGCAUCAGCCCCACUAGCAGCAGGUAUCUGUGCCCUGGCAUUGGAAGCAAACUCUAAACUUACAUGGCGUGACUUGCAGCAUAUUAUUGUGAUGACCUCGAGGUCAGAUGGCCUCCAAGCAGAUGACUGGGCUACUAAUGGUGCUGGCUACAAAGUGAGUCAUGCAUAUGGCUUUGGUUUAAUGGACGCUGGGGCGAUGGUUGCAAUGGCAGAGCGAUGGAACAUAGUUCCUCAGCAACAUAUCUGCACAGAAGAAGCAGUUACAAAUUCAAGGACAAUCCCAUCAACUGGAUCGUUGAUUCUAAAGUACAAUACAACUGGAUGCAUGGAUUCAGCUAACUCUGUACGUUACUUGGAACAUGUCCAGGCCAGGUUGUCUGUGAACUUCAACAUCCGCGGUGAUCUUGUAAUCUUCUUGACAUCUCCAAUGGGAACGAGGUCAAAUCUUCUGACAAAACGGAUCAAGGACUUCUCUGACAAGGGGUUCAGUAAUUGGGAUUUCAUGACCACGCACAACUGGGGAGAAGAUCCUCGUGGAGUCUGGACAUUGGAGAUAAAAAAUGUUGGCAAACAGGCUAAUUAUGGUACGCUGACUCAUUGGUCUCUCAUACUCUUCGGUACUACAUCUCAUCCACUAGAGGCUCACGUUGGUCCCAAGGAAUGUUCCAGUGGCUACUACCUGUCCGUGACAGCCUCCGAAAACGGAACCCUUGUGAACAGUUGUACACAAUGUCACCACUCAUGUCAGAGUUGCUUUGGUGUCGGCAGCUCCGACUGCAUCGAGUGUAAUGUCAACUACAACAAACGUGACACGUAUUGCGUGUAUGUCUUCUUCUCAACGGAUCAUCUAUUUGGUGAAUCUUUGGUUGCACUCGUUGUUAUCGUAAUCUUCAUGUCCAUUGUACUCAUGUGUUGCUUUCAAGCAUUUUUCAGAGGACAUUGCUGCAAGAGAAAGCUGGUUAGUGCAGAAGUUGCAAUGCAGAAAAGUAAACUCCUUGAAGCAGAUGAAUGGGAAACAGGUCUGGAUAUGAAUGAUGUUAUUUACGAAGACCAAGACCAGAAUUCGGAACCAGCACGAUAGUGUAAAAAAAACUCUUAAGAAUGAGAUGCAAACCAUGGUGAUUUUAAGAACUUCAUUUGUUCAUUUUCAGAAACAUUUGACUUGGUAAGAUUGUCAGUGUAGAAUGUUAUUCCUGAAGAUGAACGAAUGAAAUUGAAAUAUAGCAUCAUAAAGGCUUAAAUUUUUGUUUCUGUUUUGAGCUUUGUCCAAUUCUUACAUAAGAGUUUAGAGACAAUUACGAUGGCGUGUUUGCGUCAGAAAUAAAAUAUUGCAAAUUGAUGUUUGCCCUACCUGACAUGUUAUAGUACUGAAUACUCUGUGCUUUCCCAAAUGUGUGCUAAAAAAUGAAUCUCGCAAGUGAUUUCGGUGGGAAUCGAACCCAUGACCUCCAGAUAGACAGCCUGGCAUUUUAACCACUCGACCAACAAGAUUGCUCUUGGUGGCUUUUGAUUAAUCGAUCCCCAACUAGCAGCGGGUACUGCAAUGCUAUUACGAUGACGUGUUUGUGUCAGGAGAAAUAUUAGGAAUCAAUGUUUGCCCUACACUGCAACUGCCAUGGGGGCCAGCCAAAGUUUCUAAUUUCAAAUAUUUGAAAAUUGGACAAAAUAGGAACAUUUUUAAAAUCCAAACUGCCAAAUUUUAUGUGAAGGAUACAGGUACCUGUGAUUUGCCGAUAUAUGGGUAUGAAAUGACAUGAUGCCCAUUAUGGAUGUGAUAUGACAUCAUCAUUCCCAUAUAUGGGCAGUUCACACAAGUUUGUUAAAAAAUCUUGGUAGUAGUGUGGUUAGAGCUUCAUGACAGCACAUUUUAUAUUCAUUUUUGGUGAAAACUGUCUUUCAAGUCUUUCAAUUUUUGUAUGGAAAAAUAGUUGGUAAAUUUUGUACUACAAAUUGUGUCAUGUGUGCAGUAGCUAAAAUAAUGCUCUUGAAAAUGUGUAUAUUUCAAAUAAAAGUAUUUCAAAUAUGUGCACGAAAUGGGAGCAUUUGAUUGUGCUGUAACUGUAAGAUUUAUUACAUAAUGCCGUCACAUGCAGUCAUCUGUACAAAGGAGAAUGUUGAUUCCUUUUUGUUUUCUGAAUGUUAGGAUUUGGAUUGGCCCGAAUCUAUGUUGUGCAGGAACGCACAAAAGUUCACAAAUAUCAGUGUACAGCUAUACCUAAAAUUACUUUAAAAUUUCAACACAAAUAAAUACAUAUCAUUUAUAUACAGAAAUGAGUUAUACUCUAAAUGAUAUACAACAUCUAUAUUAUUAUAAUGAAAUUCGGUUUUGGUUUUGUGUAUGACUAUAUGAAUGAGAGGUGAUCAUAAACUAAACCAGUACAGUAUAUGGAAAUUCACUUUUAGUUCCGUAUAUAUGACUAUAGGAAUGAGAGACGAUCAUAAACUAAACCAGUACAGUGUAUGGAAAUUCACUUUUGGUUUUGUAUAUGACUAUAGGAAUGAAAGACGUCAUAAACUAAACCAGUACAGUAUAAGGAUAUUUACUUUUGGUUUUGUAUAUGAUUAUUGGAAUGAGAGAUGAUCGUAUACCAAACCAGUAGAGUUUAAGGAAAUUUACUUUUGUUUUGUAUAUGACGAUAGGAAUGAGAGAAAAUCAUAUACAAAACCAGUACAGUAUAAGGAAAUUUAGUUUUGGUUUUGUAUAUGACUACAGGAAUGAGAGACGAUCAUAAACGAAACUAGAACAGUAUAAGUAAAUUUACUUUUGUUUUGAAUAUGACUAUAGAAUUGAGAGAAAAUCAUUUACAAAACCUGUACAGUAUAAGGAAAUUCACUUUUGGUUUUGUAUAUGAGUAUAGGAAUGAGAGACGAUCAUAAACUAAACCAGUACAGUAUAAGUAAAUUUACUUUUGUAUAUGACUAUAAAAAUGAGAGAAAAUCAUAUACAAAACCAGUACAGUAUAAGGAAAUGUACUUUUGGUUUUGUAUAUGACUGUACGAAUGAGAGAUGAUCAUAAACUAAACCAGUACAGAAUAAGUAAAUUUACUUUUGGUUUUGUAUAUGAAAAUCAUAUACAAAACCAGUACAGUAUACGGAAUUUCACUUUUGGUUUUGUAUAUGAUUAUAGGAAUCAGAAAUUAUCAUAUACCCAACCAGUACAGUAUAAGGAAUUUCACGUUUGGUUGUGUAUAAGACUAUAGGAAUGAGAAAUGAUCAUAUAAAACUGGUACAGUAUAAGGAAAUUUACUUUUGGUUUUGUAUAUGAUUAUAGGAAUGAGAUGAUCAUAUACAAAACCAACAACAUAAACUUUAUAUUCCUUCAGCACCCCACCCCACAGAAAAAAAAACCCCUGUAAUCAUAUUUUUCCCAAUAUUUAAUGCACUACUAGAAAUUUUGCAUAUUUUAUAUUUUAUUUACAGCAUUUGCACCAUCAAGCACAAACAUAUUUUACUAAUAAAGUCUGUACAGUAUAUUAAUUAUUGAAAAGUAUAGUGUAAAAUAAUUGUUUACAGUGUUAUCUACUUUUUAAUAAUGUUUGAUCAUAAUAUUAGCCUAAUAUCUGUACUACUGUUAUUGUCUAGUCUGGUUACAUUAUUAUUAGUGGUUCUUUGUAAAUGUAACUGUGAAAAUGUAAUGAAUAAUCUACUAAUUAUUUUGUAAUCAUUUGUAGUCGUACCUCUCUUGCAGUUUAAUGGGUUAGAAUGUUGGUUGCAUCAGUAAAUUAUUUUUUUAGACAACAGUGGUUUCUUGUUCAUCCAACAGGAGAAAUUUAAUCUUGACACACAGUAGCACCACCACUGACUAGGCCUAUUCAUUUUUACUAUUAUUUUUGAUGUAUGAUUAUUUAUAUAAUACAUAACACUUUUUAAAAAAUUGUGAAACUACUGUUUUUGGGACAGUUAUUAACAGGAGGUAAAUAUAGUAGUGAAUGCUGACUAAAAGAGGAUCAUUGUGUUUUUAAUUGGAUAUAUACUGUAUUUUUGAAUUAUUUAAACUAUAUUGUAAUUCAUUUACAUUCAAUUUUACUUGCAUUAUUUAUGGAGUAUAUUCUAUAAAACCUGUAUUCGUUUACAGUUGUAUGUUUUAAUUAAUAAAAUUAUAAAAAUGGCAAUACUGUA